AUGGUUGAAGAGGCAGCUUCAGCAUCGGAGGCUUCGGUGGUGGAAGUCGUACAAACCCCUGUGACGACGGAGGUAGUGCAAACCCUAGGAGAAACUAACCAAGCCUCGAUCGAAGCCACCGUCGGAUCCGCUGUUCAAGGAGGCACUGAGUCUACCUGCAACAACGACGCCAACAACAACAACGCCGCCGAGAGUGCCGUCACUGAUGUCCCUGACGAGGAGCGUGAGAAGACGCUCGAGUUCGCCGAGGAAUUGACCGAGAAAGGCUCUGCGUUCCUGAAAGAGAAAGAUUUCGACGAGGCCGUCGAUUGCUUUAGCCGCGCCCUCGAGAUCAGGGUUGCACAUUAUGGUGAACUUGCUGUUGAGUGUGUAAAUGCAUACUUUAAGUAUGGAUCAGCGCUUCUGGAAAAGGCUCAAGAGGAAGCUGAUCCACUUGGUAACAUGCCUAAGAAAGAAGCUGAAGUUGAGCAAGAAUCCAGUGGUAAAGAUGGUGCUAUUAAGAACACUGCGAAUGGUGAAUCUCUUGUUUCAGCUAACCCAGAGAGGCAAGGGAGUUCAAGUGGGCAAGAAGGUAAAGACGUAGAGGAGGAAGGUGAAGAUUGUCAGGAUGAUGAUGAUGCCGAGGCUGAUGUCGAUGCUGAUGCUGAUGAAGAGGAUUCCGAUUUGGAUAUGGCAUGGAAGAUGCUGGACAUCGCAAGAGCUAUCACUGAUAAACAUUCCACUGAGACAAUGGAGAAAGUGGAUAUCCUCUGCGCACUUGCUGAAAUCUCCUUAGAGAGAGAGGACAUUGAGUCUUCCUUGAGUGACUACAAGAAUGCAUUGUGCAUCUUAGAGCGACUCGUUGAACCAGACAGUCGUCACAUAGCCGAACUAAACUUCCGGAUAUGCAUCUGUCUAGAGACUGGAUGUCAGCCUCAGGAAGCAAUACCAUACUGUCAAAAGGCGAUGUUGAUCUGCAAAGCGCGAGUGGACAGGCUCACCAAUGAGAUCAAAGGUCCAUCUGCUCCAGCAGCUUCCUCGACUGUCUCUGAAGUAGACGAAGGAAUCCAGCAAUCAUCCAAUGUUCCCUACAUUGAUGAAUCUGCUUCAGACAAAGAAGCCGAGAUCAGAGACUUAUCUGGUCUUGCUGAAGAUCUUGAAAAGAAGCUUGAGGAUCUGAAACAACUUGCAGAGAACCCAAAGCAAAUUCUUGCAGAGCUAAUGGGCAUGGCAUCAGCAAAGGCAGAUGCUGGUGACAAGGUAGCGACCGCUGGUGGUGGUGAAAUGAGCUCUUCUCGCAUGGGGACUGCAAAUAACGGGAAAGAUUUAGAGUCACCAACAGUCUCAACCGCUCACACUGGAGCAGAUGGAGGAGGAGCAUCAUCAGGUGUUACUCAUCUGGGUGUUGUUGGAAGAGGAGUGAAGCGAGUUUUGACGAAUGCAACCUCUGCGGAAUCAAGUCCUUUGAAGAAACUAGCUCCCGAGCCUUCAGACAAACCAGAUGGCAACUCUUCUUGA